GAAACAAAAGAAGACUACUCUCCCACGAUAAACAUCUCCAUUGGCCACCUUGUCACCAUCACCAACCCCUCCUUCUCCUCCAUCUCUUUAUAUCUCCCUCUUUGUAUGUUUCACCAAAGUUUUCUAAAAAACCAAAAGAAAAUGAACAAAGUGUUAGAGUGAUCAGUAGUAGCAGUAGUAUGUAGUAGUAGUACUAGCUAGACUUGUAGUAAUAGUAUACACUUUAAUUAUACAUGGAGAGUGAGGACUUUAUCUCUGCAAUAGAGGAUGGAGGAGAAGGGUUUGUUUUCAAGGGGAAUUGCAGUGGGAAUAAAGACAAGAAGAAGAGGUUUAGUGAAGAGCAAAUCAAGUCACUGGAAACCAUGUUUGAGACCCAAACUAAGCUUGAGCCAAGACAGAAGCUUCAGCUGGCUAGAGAACUUGGUCUUCAGCCUAGACAAGUUGCCAUUUGGUUUCAGAACAAGAGAGCCAGGUGGAAGUCUAAGCAGCUUGAGAGAGAGUAUUCUUCUCUUAGAUCUGAUUAUGAUCAACUUCUCUCCAGCUUUGAAGCUCUUCAAAGGGAAAAACAAAUUCUUGCCAAACAGUUGCAGAAGCUGGCAGAGUUGAUAGGGAAGCAGAAAGAAGGGAAUGAGAGUGAGUUGAAGAAUGGGAGCAAAGAAGAUAAGAUGGAGAAGAAGGUGAGCUUUUUCAGUCAGGAAGAAGAAGAAGAAGAAGAAGAAGAAGAAGCCAUGGCUGUUGUUAAUUCUGGUGAGCAAGAGUGGUGGGAGUGUUGGCCUUUGAAUGAGUGAAUUAAUGAAUGAAUGAAUGAAUUGAAUGGGUUGGGAAUGAAGAGAGAGAGAGAGAGAGAGAGAGAGAGAGAGAGAGUUUCCAUGAUCUUCUGAUUAAAAAUGGCAAGCAAAGUGCAAUGAGUGAGAGAGAGAGAGACACACAAAGAGAGUGAGAACAAUGUGAUGUUUUUCUUUUGUGAAUUACUAUGUAUCUAUAUAACUUGUUAAUUUCAUCUAUAUGAGAAUUCACACUGUAUAUAAAUAUAUAUUAUGAAGUGUUUGAUUGUAAUUAUAACAAGUGAAAGAGGAUCUUGUAAGCAUGUAAGCAUGUAAUUAUUGGGGAAAAUACAUAAAAGAAAAGGCUUUUUUUU